GGCAGAAAUAUUCAGCAUUCCUGUUCUUUGAGGCAUCCUUUUGAAGGGGCUGGGGGAGGUCUAUUUUGUGCCUUACGGAGACCCCCUUUAGCUGCCAUGGGGCUUUAAGGCAGAACAGAUUUCCCACUGGCGAGUGUGGGAGUGGUGGCGAAUCUCUGCAGGAAGGAAGGAAGGAGCGUGACAGAAACCGGGAGGAGGAGCUGACCCAGCACGUGAAUGGCUGCCAAGGAUUAUGACCACUUGUUCAAACUACUCAUCAUUGGGGACUCUGGGGUUGGGAAAAGUAGCCUCCUGCUCCGCUUUGCAGACAAUACCUUUUCUGGUAGCUACAUCACAACCAUUGGGGUAGACUUCAAAAUCCGGACACUGAUGGUAAAUGGAGAGCGGGUGAAACUGCAGAUCUGGGACACCGCGGGACAGGAACGCUUCCGGACCAUCACCUCCACGUACUACCGCAACACUCAUGGUGUCAUCAUCGUGUACGACGUGACAAACCCGGAGUCCUUUGUCAACGUCAAGCGCUGGCUGCACGAGAUUGGGCAGAACUGUGACAGUGUCUGCAAGAUCUUGGUGGGCAACAAAUGUGAAGACCCGUCACGGAAGCAAGUGGACACGGCUGACGCCCGGCGGUUUAGCGAGCAGAUGGGAGUGCGGCUCUUUGAGACGAGCGCUAAGGAGAACCUCAAUGUUGAAGAGAUGUUCAACGCCAUCACAGCCAUGGUGCUCCGGACCAAACGGGAAAACCUAGCGCGACUCCAACAGCAAAACGAGGUGGUCAAAAUCAACAAGCCCAAGAAGAAACCGACUGUCAAGAAAUGCUGCUGAAAUGGGGAGGGGGGACUUUUGUCUUUUCACCCCUCCCACUCCAAAUUCGAAACGAGGACUGGACACUGUGGGUGGGGGCAGUAAAAAUGUUGUGUGUGGGGGUUGGGAUCUGGGUGGGAGGGGUAUGGGAAAGAAUGGCAGCCCCCUCUCCACGGCUGCCGGGAUGGAAGAGUCAGAUAAGUCCUGAAAUUCCUCCUUGCUGGUGGGAGGGACGGUGUCUGCCGAAACGGGGCCGGGGGCAGACUGAGGAGCAUUAAAAGAUUCUGCUGAAACAAGUGGAGCACUCUGCUACGAGGUCAUGAGAAGAACGGGCCUUUCUAAACCUCUGCAGUGUUGCCCGUAAACUCCCCCCCUUUAUUUUACCCCUCUGCCCUGCCCCCUUGUUCAAUCACUAGGAAUAGGGGCAGGAAAACAAGGUGGACAUUAACCUUUGAGAACCGUUCUCUGAUUUACAGGCUCACUUGCGGUUAAUGAGGCACAAGUCAGCGUGAGGAGGACCUAAGGAAGGCGUCUCAACAUUUCACCUAGCAAUACUUUCCCCCCUUUUGGUU